AUGUCUUCCACCGCCUUCACCACCCCGCCUCGGAAGAUAUUCAUCAGUAUCCUCCGCGUGAGCGCCGGUCCCACAAGGCCCGACCUGAAUGGCAUGAUCAUCUUUGACACAUCUCAAGACACCGACGGCGAGCUGCGCAACUCCUCCACAAGCCCCUACAAUGGCUGGACUAUGAUCCUCGGGAAGAAUGAAGGGGAUGAAUUCUCGAACGUGGCAAUCGCUUACCCUGAGUACCCCAAAGAUUCGGAGGACUACAUCGAUGUCAGUGGUUGGGCAUUCGAUGAAGAAGCUGCCGAGAAGUUGCUUAUGGUGCAUACUGCGCAGGUUACUAAUGAUAACAACUUCGUGCCGUAUGGAGGUGCCACCGCACGAGUCGAACUACAGGAAGCAGCAGCCAGGAA